AUAUAUGUAUGUAUGUUUUGGUUAUGUUUUGACUCUGGUGACAGCUAAAGCCACGCCCACUCGCCUCGCCGUCAUCCAACAUGGCGGCCUACUUGAGCCGGCUGCACCACAUCUCUCUGCACGUGUGUAAUGUGGAUAAACUGGCUCAGGACCUGGUGUCUAAGUUCCAGUUCCGCGUGUUCGCCGCCAGACUGACAGCGGGAGCUCGGCAGCUCGCUUUCCGUAAAGGAGCCGCGGUGUUCGUGGUCACUGAGAGACCGGGCUGCGGCGGAGGGGCGGCGGCGGGGCAGGGGCAGGAGCAUGUGCAGGAGAACGUGGAGGACGCGUGUCCGGGGCGCAUCGGCGGCGUGCUGUACGACGUGCGGCGGCCGCACUACUCGGUGGACAGCGCGUGCAACGUGUGCUUCGAGGUGGAGGACGUGGAGAGGUCGUCGGAGUCGCUGCGCGCGCGCGGCUGCGACUUCCUCGUGCCGCCGACGCGCGUCCGCGACGACGGCGGGCUCGUGACUUACUCGGUCGUGAAGUCCGUCGUGGGCAACGUCUGCCACACGCUCGUGGACACGAGCCGGUACCGAGGGCCCUUCCUGCCCGGGUUCAGCGCGGUAGCGAGCGCAGCAGAGGACGACGAGGAGGACGCGCGCUGUCCCGUGACGCACUUUGAUCACGUCACGUACGCGUGCCCGAGACGCAGCGCGGCCGAGGUGAUGCGCUGGUACGAGGGGAACUUCGGUUUCCAGAGGUUCUUCAUCGGCAGGAACGAGGACGCGGAGGAAGGCUACGUGUUGGAUCAGGACGGAAUCGGUCUGCGUCUGACCGCCAUGGAGUACUGGAAAUGCAACGAGACGGGAAUCAGGUUUCCUCUUAAAGAAAAAGACGGAACCGAGCUGGACUGCAAGUUCGUGAUCGCAGAGUCUCUCCCUGAGCAGGGUAGGAAUCAGGUGGACACGUUCCUGGAGCAGCACGGAGGGCCGGGGAUUCAGCACAUUGGCCUGUUCACGCAGGACAUCGUGUCCACAGCAGAGGCCAUGGCCAAUGCCGGGGUCCAGUUCUUCUGUCCUCCUGCAGCCUACUACACUGAGGUUGGGAGGCAGCAGGAGAUAGAGGAGGUGGGGUAUGAUCCCAAAACGCUGAUGCAGCACGGCAUCCUGUUAGACACAGACCUGAGGGUGGAGGAGCAGGACCCGAGCGCAUGCAGUAAGAGGUACCUCCUGCAGGUGUUCACCAAGCCCAUCUUCUCAAAGGACACGUUCUUCCUGGAGCUGAUCGAGCGGCGUGGAGCCACCGGGUUCGGAGAGGGAAACAUCCGAGCUUUAUGGAGGUCCGUUCAGUCUUACAUGGAGAAGAAUGAAGAGGAUCAGGAGCAUGCCAGUGUGAAAAGCAAGCAAACGGGGCAGCACUGAUGCCAGGCCGGGCGAACACGUGGUCCGGUCAAACACGUGGUCCGGGCAGCACUGAUGCCAGGCCGGGCGAACACGUGGUCCGGGAGAACACGUGGUCCGGGCAGCACUGAUGCCAGGCCGGGAGAACACAUGGUCCGAAUAGAGUCAUAGGUUCAUUUCUACAGGAUACUCAAAAACGAUGGCACUUCACACUUCUCAAUAUUAAUGUGUGGUUUUGUAAGACUGAUACGAGAAGUAAAAAUUAAAAGCUGCUGCAACACUGAA